CCCCCUCCUGCUACCCACGCAUCAACAUGGCGGCGUGCAGAGAGAUGGAGCGGAGCAGCAGAAGUGUUUGUGCUCUUUCGGUGCUUAUUUGCCUCCUGAUGUUAACCAGCGGCUGCCUGUCAGGUCCAAUACCUCCCACGAAGGACGCACAAAUCAAAGACAUACAAGAAGUAAAAGCAUCUCAAAAUCUUACUUUGACCACUCCAGAAAAGAAAGCAAAUGACACCGAGCCUUCGCCACCUCUGCAGAGUAACAUCACUGUACCAGAACCCGAGAAACCAGCGACAUCUGCUGGCAAUGACUCCACAACAACAAAAGCAGAGGCUCCUAAGAACAACGCCGCAACAGCCGUUCUUGACACCAAAAUGACAAAAGGGAGUGGCCGGUCAGGUCCAGUCACUGUCAUCGCUAGCUCUGAGGACAUCAAUGGCACAAAAACAGAUGUGGCUACACAAAACCACGACGCCGUUGUGCCAGAAACGGUUCCUGUUGGUUCUAAAACCAGUCCGACUUCUAGACCAGAUGUUCCCGCCGCUACUGUCAAAGUCACCGAACCGUCCAGACCUGUAACAGAUGACGUACCUGUCACCGAGGCCAAACCCUCCACCGCUCUGAACCCGACCACAGUGCUGGACAUGGGAACAGACCUGCUCGGGGCCACCGACAGCGGACCCCCACCCCACAUCGAUCAGGACAAUUACACGGAUGACGGCGACGCAGAUGGCGCAGAUGGCGACGAUGACGACGAAGCUACCUACGGGGACAGCGACGUCUACGAAAACACCAACAACGACGACGACGACGUCAAAGACCAGAGCGUGAGCAGGCUGCAGCCGGACGUGGUGGGGGAGACCAGCUUCAAGGGAGCCGACAGCUACAACACCGAGGAUGAGGACUCCCACUUCUUCUUCCAUCUGGUCAUCCUGGCCUUCCUGGUGGCCAUUGUUUACAUCACCUAUCACAACAAGAGGAAGAUCUUCCUCCUGGCUCAGAGCCGCCGCUGGAAGGACGGUCUGUGCUCCCGUAACACCGUGGAGUAUCACCGCCUGGACCAGAACGUCAACGAGGCCAUGCCGUCCCUCAAGAUGACCCGGGACUACAUCUUCUGAUCCGCGUUCGGGGGGGAACCACCUGUCCAGACCUGCACAGAGCCAGUUGGCCCUUUCAGUCACAUUGCUGAGAUGCUUUGCUUUGUAAAGGAGCCUGAUUGAUGCUUCAUCUUGCUUUACAGGCCAACUGGAGAGAAUUAUGUCUUUGGGAUAGAAUUCUGUUUUUUUUCAGGACUUUUCUGUGAUCUGCAUAGAGAGAUUUUUACUUUUUAUCUGUUUGUUAUAUUAUUUUAAUGUUAUUUGUUUUGUUUUUUUCUCAAUGAACUUCUUGGGAUUGAAUAUUUUGGUUUAUUAGGGGUCUUAUAUUUGUCUUUUUUGAGAGUGUUUCAGCCUUAUGGUCCUUUUAUACAUCAGUUUUUGAUUCCCCUCUUGCAUACUGUCUGGAUAUGUUCAACACUCACUUUAAGAAUAGGAAGAACUUGGGUCAUAAAAUAAUGCUUAAUGUUAGCAGUUUGAAUAUUUACUCAAAGAUUUAUAAUAGAUUUCUCUCCCAGCAGUUAGCCAAGAAGUGAAUCGAUACACUUAAAGCCCUUAUUGUGUCAAGCAUUCAUUUGUGUAAGUAUGCAAACAAAAUUGUAAUCUUGCCUAUAUAUGCAGCCAUUUCAAAAACAGUCCACUGCUCAUGUUGAAUUGGUCCAUUUGUCAUAGACCUUAUACAGUAAGAAGUGAAGUACUGUAAACUUAAUUUCAUUUUUUUUAAAUACACAAAGGGAAAUUAUGCCUAAGCAUUUUAUUUAAAAUGAAUUACAUGUAAUUUUAUUUUAACAAAAACAAAGAAAUCGCAUGAAAUUUCCAAACUUUCAUAUGAUUUCCUGUCGCACCUUUGCAAAAAAGUAUAUAAAAGCCUUUUUUUAUUUUACACACUAUGAGGAAAGUCAAAUCUUUAUUACGUAAAUUAAGCUGCACAUUCAGUUAAGGAGGUUCCUUGUGCUAAAGCCAUUUAUAUAGGGAAGACACUGAAUACCGUUCAGGUUAGAAUGUACUAAUACGAUGUGUAGGAGAAGUCUUUACCCUUGUUUAUCAGUUUAUACUUUACUUGUCUACGGUACUGCUUGUAUUCUACUGCCCAGAUUUCGCUGUGCAGAAAUCCUGGGGCUGGCCCUCUUUUGUUUUCUAUGACUUCGGUGAAGUCUCUUUCAAUCAUUUAUAGUCUUCUUCAUCGGCUGUGUUCCCUUUUGCGCCCACAGAACUUUUAAUUUGUAGCUACUUCCUGUCAAGAGUACAGUGUGGUGGACUUCUAUCUGUUUAUCAGAAAUUUUGCACUCUCCGUGUGGCCCUGACCACGAAAAACAACAACAGACCACUUCGUUUUUUUCUCACGACCAUUUCCUUAUUCAUCACAGCCUCGUGUUUAUUUUUGUCUGUCGCCUUCUCAUGCCUUCAACUGAAAUGCCAUAACUGCCACAUGAAUCCACAAAUUUAGUUUUUCUAAUUUCUUCUCGCCUUCUGCCAGUUGUUUUUCAGCUGUCUUGUCCGUGUAUGAAAGCUACAGAGUGGUUAGAUUGAUAUAAUGCGAUUUGCACCGUGCAGUUAGGUCACAAUAGCUAGCGUGCGAGGGGAGGAGCUUAAAGAUGAUGGGUCAACACUGCUCUUGCAAUCAACAGUAGAAACUGUACAAUCUUUUUUUUUUGUCAAUAAAGCACAAAUUGUGUACA